AUGGCUCCCACUCCGGCGUCUAGCAUUCCACUCCCGAAGCCCAAGUCUGAAACCCGUGAAGCGUUUCAGAAGCGCGUGACAAGGGCGCUUCUGCGAUACGCGCUGAGAAAGAGUGACACCAAAGUGAUUAUCCUCCUUGGGCAUCUUCGAUCUGGCAAGUCGAGCCUGUUUGAAGACCUGACCGGACAGGAGGGACAUUCAGCAAACGGCAUUGACCCAGUGACAAAAGAGUAUCACCUCGGCCACGCAUACAUCAACGGCGAGUUCUACCUCUUCGUCGACACCCCCGGGCUCAACGAAACCGGCGGCAACAACGCCGACAUUCUUCGCGAGAUAGGUCGCUUUCUUGACGCCACAAAAGACUCGGUGACAUACGCUGCGGGCCCUCGAGUCGGGUUCCUGGAGCACUUCUGUGGGCUUGAGUAUUCACCCUUCAUUACAUUUGUCAUCACACUGUGGGAUGAAUGUACGACAACCCGUUCAAUGAACCGGCAUGAUGAAAAUGCGACAGAGAUCAAGGAUAAGAAAUGGGCGCCGUUCAUUGAACGCGGCGCGGCGGUUUACUACCACGGCCGCGUGUACGAGGACGGGGAGCCGACGCAUGAAUACCUGCAUAUCAAAAAGAAAAAGGCAGAGAGGCGAGCUAAUGCCCGCGAUAUGAUUGGGAGACUGUAUCCUAAGGAUAAGGAAUACACCAUACCCCCUCUCAUUGUGCAGGAGCUGCGCAGGCAUGUCCCUCUUCCCGCUACCUCUGCCGGGAAGCAUCUGCAGAUGAAAUACAAUGAAGUCGUCAUCACCAAUGCACUGACAUACGGUGCUGGGCGCCUUGAUAGCAAAGGUCAACUUGCGCUGACAAAUCCCGGCGCAAUCAAGAACGCCGGCUCAGGGGGCUUUGACUGGAUUAGUUCGGCCGUCUCUGCCAUUAUCGAUGUGGUCACAUUCCCGUUCAGGCUGGUAGAAGGCCUGCUGACCAUGUUAUGGGAUCUCAUCCGAGCCCUUGGCAUGUUUAUCGCGAUCAUUCGCGUGACGCCGCUUCGCCUUACAGAUGACGGUGUCGAAGUCCUUGUCACGUUGCUGGGUGACCUGCCGGUUGUGGUCGGAUACGGGCGUCAAAGAGGCUUUUAUUGGCGAGCUCGGGAUUUAACCGAAAGUGAUUUGACAGAGGGAGGGGACAAUGAGUUUUUAAACGAGGUUCUGAACGAGUUGCGAGGGGAUGGAGGGGAUGUUGACCCAGACGCGGAGUUCUCUACCGAGAUGUCGGAGAUAGCGACCCCUACAGAAGACGACGCCGAAUCGCAGUACCGAGCUUUUGGAGAGGCCUUUGAGAAAGCUCGUUCGACGACAGAAACAAGUGCGGGUGACCAAGGCCAAGGUGGUGGCGGGGGAUGCACCUUGAUGUAG